UUAAUGACGGGUUCGCUACCUACAUUAACUGAGUCAUUGUAGCUGCCAGCAGACUGGUACAACACUUCAAUAAUAGCAAUCCAGCAAACAAAGCGCUUGAAGCAAAACAGAAACAGAUGCAGCUGCCGUCUCAUAAACUCAUCCAAUCCUGUAAAACCAGGUGGAAUUCUGUCUGUGACAUGUUUAGCAGAGUAACGGAGCAGCGGUGGGCCGUGUCUGCUGUACUAUCAGACCGCACAGUGACCAAACUCACAGACGCGAGGACGCUGGAGUUGAGAGAUGAGUUCUGGCAGUUGAUGGAGGAUGUAGCGCCAGUGCUGGAAACACUCAAGUGUGCAACUACCGUCAUGUCUACUGAGACUGAGGUGUCCAUAUCAGACACGUAUCCCAUCACCUUCAGCCUGAUCAACGUGCAUCUCAAGACAGACGAGGGAGACACCAGCAAAGUGGGGGAAUUCAAAUCCAGAGUGCGCACUUCACUGGGUGAAAGGAUGAAGAUUGAUUCUGAUGACCUGAUGUCAACACCACCAAUGCUAACCAUUAUGUUGGAUCCUCGACACAAGCACCUGGCAUUUCUGAUCCCAACGAGGAGGUUUGCAGCUCAUGCCAAACUGCUUCAACUGCUAGCAGAAGCAGAACAUGCGAGCUCCACAUCAGCAGAUGCAGACGCCGCUGGAGACCAGGAGCAGGUGGUCGGUGAAGUGCCAGUCCAGGAAGCUGUGCACAGACACAGUUCUUAUGCUUUACUCAUGGGUGAAAACUAUGCCACCAGGAGCACCAAUGACGUGGAAAAAGAAGUGGACAGCUUUCUGAAGGAUCCACCACCACUCCUUGAUUCUAGUCCCACAGCAUGGUGGAAAGUCAAUGAAGGUUUCCAAGGCUGACAAACCUGGCACAAAAAUACUUGGCCAUACCGAGCACGUCAGUCCCAGCUGAACGUGUAUUCUCAGCAGCUGGCCUCAUUGUAAACAGGCUGCGCACACGACUUACUCCUGACCAUGUUGAUAUGCUGAUAUUCUUGAACAAAAAUAGAUAGGUCUACAGUAUCUAUGCUAUGAGGAGCACCAGGGAUGUGUUUUUGGUUCUGUUUUAGGCAGGUGGGCACACAUAUCUUUCUCAGGGAUGUUUUUUGUUGUUUUCAGGCAGCCUGUAUUUUAGUUGACUAGAGCUACGAUAGUCCAGUCCUGGUCUACUAAUGUUAUUGUGAUAUUGUCACAUUUCCCAGGGAUUUAUAAAUGCUGCUAAUAUUCCACAUGUGACAGAUGAGACAGUGCACAAUUUAUUACCUUAACCUUAUUUAAUUUUCUUUUCAGAAUUUAUUUUAUUUGGUGCUAUUUAUAUGCUGCUAAGAGACAGUGCACUAAUUUAUUUUCAUAUUAAAGUAGCCUACAUAUUGUAUUCUUCUCUUCAGGAAUGUGAAGCUGCUGCUAUUAAUGUUUCCCAUGUCACAGAUGAGAGAAUGCCCAAUUUACUUUCAUGUUAAGUAGCCUGCGUAAUAUUGAUAUUUACUGUUCAGAAUAUCUUUGAUAUGCUACCAAAAUGCUGUCCUCAAAUAUAUCCCAAAAUAAAUCUUUGAUUAAGGAAUAUGAUUUGCAUUUGUUCUGUAUAUCAUAAGGA